AUGCCAGACACAAAGUUUGAUAACGAUGUCGCUCAGUUCUGCGCGGUAACAGGUGCCUCGGCAAAAGAUGCUAGAAAGUUCAUGGAGGCACACAAGAGAUUAGACAUCGCCAUUGACGCUUUCUACACGAAUCCGAAAGCUUUCGCGAGCUCGGCGCGUCGGAAAGGAGAUUCAACUGUACCAUCAUCAAGCAAAUUAAACCAACUAUUCGACAAGUACAAAGAUCCAGAAGAUGAGAACAUCACAGUAGACGGAACAAUCAAGUUUUGUGAAGACCUGGAAGUCGACCCAGAAGAUGUUGUGUUAUUAGCCAUCGCAUAUGAACUAAAGUCGCCGAGAAUGGGGCAAUGGACAAGGGCAGGAUGGGUAGAUGGAUGGAAAGCUGUUGGAGCCGAUUCAAUAUCAGGAAUGAAAUAUGCUCUUACAAGAUUGAGAGAUCAGCUCGCAUCAGACCCCAGAUAUUUCCAGAAGGUGUAUAACCAUACAUUUGACUUCGCCCGCUCAGAAGGACAACGUAGUCUCGGUCUUGAGACUGCCCAGGCUUUUUGGGGUCUUCUUCUUCCACACGGAUUUCAAGGGGGGGCACUCUCUCGAGCUAAUGACGACGAUAAUGAUGUCAAGAUGGACGGAGAUGAAGGUUGGAAAAAAGAGUAUUUGCAGUGGUGGUUCGACUUCAUGAACCAAAAGGGCCUAAAAGGCGUCAGCAAGGAUACAUGGGUUAUGUUCCUUGAUUUUAUCAGGUCUACCAACUCCACAUUUUCAAACUAUGAUAUGGAAGCCGCUUGGCCAUCUACCAUUGACGAUUUCGUAGAGUACGCAAAGCAUCGGUUAGCAUCAGGCGCGUGA